AUGCGGCUCGUAGACCCUCGACAGGUGCUGCUGCGGCGCGGCGUGCCAAUACCACCCGCCUCUUCCUUCCACGUCCCUGGCCUGCCCGACCUCCAUGCCGAGUCGUCCUCGUCUGCACUUGCACAUCCGCUGCAGAUGUCCGCAGGCUACCUGCCAGCUCGACCCGACGACGAGGGCGGCAAUAAGGACAAUGCGCACCUCUUCUUUCUGCUGCUAAGAGCGCGUCAUGUGCCUGCAAAGCGAAAGCUCAUCGUGUGGUUCAACGGCGGACCUGGCUGCUCGUCGUUCGAUGGUGCCAUGAUGGAAGUUGGAGCUUGGAGGAUGGACGGCAAGGGCGGUCUGGUGUGGGUCAAAGAUGGCGCGAGCUGGAACGAGUAUGCCGACAUUCUCUUCCUCGACCAGCCCGUCGGUACUGGCUUCAGCUAUGUCAACACCAACGCCUACACCACAACCUUGCCACAAGCCGCCGACGAAGUGGUUCACUUUUUGGAGCAGUUCAUCAAGGUGUUCCCCGAAUAUGCACGGGAUGUCGAGCUUCAAUAUGGCACCCAAGGCAGCGGUGUCGAUGUCUUCUUGGCCGGAGAGAGCUUUGCAGGUCAAUACAUCCCUUAUACCGCGAAAGCCAUCCUCAAGUCACCCAAACCCCCCGUGUCGCUCCAAGGCAUCGCCAUCGGAAACGGCUUUAUCGACCCCAAAAGUCAGUACGGCACCGAACUCGAGCUUAUGAUCGAGAAGAAGAUCUGGACCAAGUCAUCGGACAAAUAUCAGACGGUCGCGCGCAUCGUCGAGGAGUGCCACAAGGAGCUCGAUCGAACCUCCUCGCGCGAUAUUGGCAAAUGCGACGAGAUCCUCCAGACCAUCGUUGCGAGCACGACCACCAAGCAGCCGGGCGCAUCCGGUUUCACGUGCAUCAACAUUUACGAUCUGCGUCUCACGGACUCUGCGCCAGCAUGCGGCAUGAACUGGCCAACGACGUUGCCGGCCAUGUACGAGUACCUGCGCCGACCGGACGUGCGCACCGCGCUGCACGUCGAUGAGCACCACAAGCCCGAGGCGUGGGUCGAGUGCAAUGCGAACGUCGGCUCGGCGAUGCGCAAGGACACGACUUCGCCAGCGUCAGUGACGUUGCUACCAGAGCUCAUCGAUCAAGGAGUGCGGGUGCUGCUCUUCGCCGGCGAAGAAGAUCUGAUUUGCAACGCCAUCGGUGUCCGCCGCACGGCGGAGAACCUGGAAUGGGGUGGGAUUAAAGGGUUCGGCGACGCAGAGGCGCAGGAUUGGUACGUCAACGGCAGCCUUGUGGGCUCAUGGAGGACAGCGAGGAAUCUGACCUACGUAGGAAUCAAGGGCGCCAGUCACAUGGUCGGCGUAGACAAACCCAUCGAGAGUCACGACAUGAUGGUACGCUUCAUGGGAAUCGACUUCAUGAAAGUAGCCGGGCCUAAUGCGCUCAUCCCAUCGCGCGUGGGCAACGAGCCGGACCGCGUACUCAUCACGGGCGGCGGCGGCGGAGUGGCAGAAAUCGGCAAGGACGGAUCCCGCGUCAUUCCCGGGUCAGGGAAAACAGAAGGCGAGGUGGCAGAGGAAGCACGAUGGAGGGCGUACUACGAUGCGGGGUCCUUCGCGCUGUUGAUCUUGGUGCUGGCGGUGGGCGUGGGGACGUGGCUGCUGCUGCGCGCGAGGAAGCAAAGGAGGCUGGAUUCGAGACGCAUCGGGAGAGGUGGAGCAUUGCGUCUCGCCUCGACAACGCAGUUGGGUCCGACGCCGAACGGGAAUGGCGACGAUCACGAGUUGGAGCAUCUCGUGGGCGGGAAGCGCGCAGAAGACGAGGACGACGUGGAGGAGCAGGGCGAGGAGAUCUUUGGUGUCGGAGAUGGGGCGUUCAGCGACGAUGAUCACAGCGAUAUCGGGACGAGUCUGGAUAGGAAUCGUGUCGACGGUCCACGCAGCUGA